UCCUGGCGGCGCGGCGGGGAUGGCGGCGGACGGGCGGCGCGACGACGAGGAGCUGCCGGUGUACCUGGCGCGGCCCGGCUCGGCGGCGACGCCUCGUCCGAAGCGCGGGGGGCUCUUCUGCAACGUCGAGGGCGCCUUCGAGAGCAAGACCCUCGACUUUGGGGCGCUGCGCGUUGGGCAGCGCCGCGCCCCGCCGCCGACCGGCCCCGACCCUCCGCCCGCCGCGGCCCCCAGCCCCGCUCAGGACGCUGGCGGCCUCCCCGCCACCGCCGGGGACGAGCGGCUCCAGGACCCGGCCCCCGCGGACGACAGGAGUGAUCGUCUCCUUAUUAAAGGAGGGCGAAUAGUCAAUGAUGACCAGUCAUUCUAUGCUGACAUUUAUGUGGAGGAUGGCCUCAUAAAGCAGAUCGGAGACAACCUGAUUGUUCCUGGAGGGGUCAAAACCAUAGAAGCCAAUGGGAAGAUGGUGAUCCCUGGAGGAAUUGAUGUCCACACUCGCCUGCAGAUGCCAUACAAGGGAAUGACCUCUGUGGAUGAUUUCUUCCAAGGAACAAAAGCAGCUCUGGCUGGUGGAACCACCAUGAUUAUUGAUCAUGUGGUGCCGGAGCCCGAGUGCAGCCUGGCCGAGGCGCUGGAGCGGUGGCGGGAGUGGGCGGACGGCAAGGCCUGCUGCGACUACGCCCUGCACGUGGACAUCCCUCGCUGGAGCGACCGCGUCCGGCAGGAGCUGCACGCCAUGGUCCAGGAGAAAGGUGUUAACUCCUUCAUGGUGUACAUGGCCUACAAGGAUUUGUACCAGAUGUCCAACACUGAGCUGUAUGAGAUUUUCAGCUGCCUGGCAGAGCUGGGUGCCAUAGCUCAAGUUCAUGCAGAAAAUGGGGAUAUAAUUGCACAGGAACAAGCCAGGAUGUUGGAGAUGGGAAUAACAGGCCCUGAAGGCCAUGUGCUGAGCAGACCUGAGGAGCUGGAAGCAGAAGCUGUCUUCCGGGCCAUCACUAUUGCCAGCCAGACCAACUGUCCUCUCUACGUGACUAAAGUGAUGAGCAAAAGUGCUGCUGACCUGAUCUCACAAGCCCGAAAAAAAGGCAUUGUGGUGUUUGGUGAGCCCAUCACGGCCAGUCUGGGGACUGAUGGAACACACUACUGGAGCAAGAACUGGGCAAAGGCUGCAGCAUUUGUGGUCUCUCCGCCUCUGAGCCCAGACCCAACCACUCCUGACUACCUUAACUCCCUCCUGGCCAGUGGUGACCUGCAGGUGUCAGGAAGUGCCCACUGUACCUUCAGCACUGCGCAGAAAGCCAUUGGCAAGGACAACUUCACAGCAAUCCCAGAGGGAACCAAUGGCGUAGAGGAACGAAUGUCUGUCAUCUGGGACAAGGCCGUGGCCACUGGAAAGAUGGAUGAAAACCAGUUUGUGGCUGUGACAAGCACUAAUGCUGCCAAAAUCUUCAACCUGUAUCCACGAAAAGGGAGAAUAGCAGUGGGCUCGGACAGCGAUCUGGUUAUAUGGGAUCCUGAUGCAGUAAAAAUCAUCACAGCGAAAACCCAUCAGUCUGUGGCUGAAUACAACAUCUUUGAGGGGAUGGAGCUCCGUGGGGCCCCACUGGUGGUCAUAUGCCAGGGGAAGAUCAUGCUGGAGGAUGGCAACCUGCAUGUGACCCAGGGGACCGGACGAUUCCUGCCCAGCAGCCCUUUCCCUGACUACGUCUACAAGCGCAUCAAAGCCAGGAGGAAGAUGGCAGAGGUGCAUGCUGUGCCCCGGGGCUUGUAUGACGGACCUGUGUUUGACCUGACCACCACCCCCAAGGGGGGCACCCCUGCGGGGUCAACCAGGGGGUCCCCCACGCGUCAGACACCGCCCGUCAGGAAUCUCCAUCAGUCUGGAUUCAGCCUGUCGGGUACCCAGGUUGAUGAAGGCAUGCGCUCAGCGAGCAAGCGCAUUGUCGCGCCCCCGGGAGGCCGCUCCAACAUCACCUCCCUGAGCUAAAUGUCCCGGCUGAGGAGGAGACAAAACCCUGUUCAAGCAAAGGAGGAAAAAUGGUACAUUGGUGUUGAAGAAUGAAAAGAAAUAAACCUGUUCUGAAGAAUCAAUAAGCCUCAAGCCUUAUGUUUCACAAAUGCUACUUGCUACCUAGCUUUAAAGAUGUUGCUUCAUUUUGUUUUUGCAUAGCCUUAAAGUUCUGUUGUUGUUACUGUUGUGGGUUUGGUUGGGUUGUGUUUUGCUCUUCCUCUCUGUAUGCAUGCUGCUCGGACAGGUUGCUCGGUUCAAUGUUAUUGGUGUUGAACGUGUGUGGGAUGCCGUGGUGUGGGACAGUGGGAAUGGCCCACAGGGCGACCCGGCCAGGCAGGUGAGGGGCAGGGUCUGGCCGGGGGCAGGAUGUCGGACGGGGAGGGCAGGUGCACUGAGCUCGUAGGGAGAGGUGGGUCUGUCACAUUCAUCUCCUUCAUCUCCGCCCAAUGCUCUGGCGUUUCAUCAUGAGGCCUGUGGGGGAGCUCGAAUCAUCUCUGUAACAGCUGUCACAGCACCUUGUGUAAGGAGUUUUACUACUUUGUACACUUUAUUAAAAAAAAAGUUGUUCCUUCAAACA